UGUGUGCUCAUUCACUCGCAUGGGGCAAGCUAGAACGGGACGCGGAGUGGCUGCACGAAGUCAUACUGCGCGCGUGCUGAGGAAAGCUGCUUGGCUUUCCCCCUGAUGGGCUCGGGGAAAAAGUCUUGAGGAGCGACAGAGAAAGAAAGAGAGCUCUGGUGUGUGUGUGUGUGUACCUAUUACUAACUAUAGUUGCCGUUGUUGUCCAGCCCGUCGAGGAGCAGGAGAGAAAGAGCAUGCUGUCAGUGUACCUAUACACUCCCAUCCAUCAGCUCAUCCGUUACAGCAGCAUACGUGUAUGUAUAUGUAUAUGUAACGCAGAGCUAGUGCACCUCCGUAAGCUCCGUUGUCAAAGUAUAUUAGGUAUAGACGACAAGCUCGAAUAGACGACGUCGACGACGCCCACGACGAGACCCAUCGAGGAGGUCACACGCUGCAGCCACGGCUCUGUGUGUGUGUGUGUGUAUGUGUGUGUGGAGAGGUGGAUUCGACCAGAGGGGAGAGCACGCGCGUUUCGGAGUCGGAGAGGCUAAGAGUGACAACGUGAUGGCCUGGCCUUCGUGAACCCCUCCGUGACUUUUCCGUGUUUUGUGUGUGAAUGUACGUGUGUUCGACAUCUGUCUUCUUCAAGAGGUUGAAGAGCUGAGUAAAUCAUUAUUAUACACUGUGUAUAUAAUUACAAGUCAGUGCGUAAGAAAGAGAUAGAGGGAAAAAAAAAACUUUUGGUCGUGAUGACUCUUUUUUUUCUCUCUCUCUGCAAGCUGUUUCAGUGACGAGGCGUUAGAAUAGAAGCAAAAAAGUCAAGAGUCGACGAAGGCACGACGAAAUAAAGCACAUACUAGCACAAAGAAGAGAGGCGAUUUUUAUUUUUAUUGUUGGGUACUUUUUCUCUCGCUCCGCAUCGGUCUUUAUCUUUCUCUCGACUUGAGUUUGCUGCUCUCUCUUUUUCUCUCUCUAUCUCUCUCUUUUUCCGAGAGUCUCGGAAGACAAGUGCUUACCAACUCAACAAUACACCUAAAUGAAGGACAAGCUGUGGCUUCGUGAUUUGUGACAGUGGGAGGAUUGGUGUGAAAAACAACAGUGAACUGAAGAAAAAGAAACACUUUUGCUGAGGUACAUAUCGUACGAUUGUGACAGUGUCAGCUCGGUAGGAAGAGGAACCACUGGUGUGUCGGAUCUCCUUCCAGUUCUGGUGGAGAUUAGGCUACAGUGGAUUCCAUCGACAAAACCUACUGCUGCUGCUCUAUACCGAUCAGCUGCUCUGCCUCCGCCUUCGUGUGUGCGCGUGUGUGAAGACAAACUUGGACGUGUAUAUUUAUAUACCUGUGUGCGGAGUUGCUUUGUCUUAGCCCCAACGGACUAGUUCAAGCUUACUUGUCAAACAUGUCAUCUCCCAGUGCUGGAAAACGACGUAUGGACACCGAUGUCAUUAAACUAAUCGAGAGCAAACAUGAGGUGACGAUACUUGGCGGUCUCAACGAGUUCUCCGUCAAGUUUUACGGACCCCGAGGAACUCCCUACGAGGGAGGAAUAUGGAAGGUGCGCGUUCACCUGCCAGAACACUAUCCCUUCAAAUCGCCUUCCAUAGGCUUUAUGAACAAGGUCUACCAUCCGAACAUCGAUGAGGUUUCGGGCACGGUAUGCCUUGACGUAAUAAAUCAGGCCUGGACAGCCUUGUAUGAUCUCUCAAAUAUCUUCGAGUCCUUCCUUCCCCAACUUCUGACGUAUCCGAAUCCGAUUGAUCCGUUAAAUGGCGACGCAGCCGCGAUGUAUCUCCACAAACCGGAAGAGUACAAGAAAAAAGUAGCAGAUUACGUAAGGAAAUACGCGACAGAAGAGGCACUGAGGGACCAAGAAAACGGGGGAACGGGCAAUGGAAUGUCAUCGGACAGCGAGUCUUCGAUGAGCGAUUUUAGUGAAGACGAGGCACAAGACAUGGAACUGUAAAUAAAAUUAAUUAUCGCCAAAGUCAUUGUCCAUGAUGACGACGACGAUCACGACGACGGCGGUGAUGACGCCGUCGUUGCCGCCGCUACUCGACGCAGCCAUAAAAAUGAAAAAAAUUUGAGAAACGACAGCGAAGCAAGUCAUCUUACCUUUAUCAGUCACACGAUUUCUCGUAAAGCUCCCGAUACUACAUCGCUCGUCUUACCAAAUAGGACUCGUUGUGCACUUAAUCUCUUCGAUGUUUGAUGCGUUGCGCUUGCUUUGCGAAGUGGGCUCUAAUUGAUCAAUAGCGCGAGAAAGCCCAAGGAUCUGUAAGAAGAUUGUCGAGUUGAUCAAUGUUCUGUUUUCACCCUAAACAUUCAAAACACGCUUGCACGCGUUUUUUAACAGAUUAUGAAAAUCGUUACGAUUAGAUUCGAAACAAUGGUGAUUCGAGUCAUUUGCUAAAAGCUGCGUGAAUUCCAAGGAUGUUUUAAA